GUGAACAGUGAGUAAAUUUCAAGUAAAUAAACAAUCCAGCUGUCAACAGCGCCUUUUGCCGCAUCAGUUUAUUAGUCGCAGGUGGAUCUUUCGACAACUCUUCCUGACCUGGCAAGAGUGGUUCCACAGGGCAGUCAACAACAAUGGGUGAAAAUGAGCCCAUCCACAUCGAGUAUGUGGACGAAACGGAGCUCCUGACCGAAUUCCGCCAGUACAUGGCCGAUCCGGACACUCGGGAAAAGGCCGCCAACUAUCUGCUGGAUUCGCUGGUCGACGAAAUGAUCCUGGGUGUGGUAUUCGAGGUGCACCACGCGUACAAGACUGGUUCCGGAGCGGCCAUCGAGGGCCAACCGGAGGACUGCAAACCGUACACGAUCGUCGAUCUGCCGGAUAUGGACGUUUUCGGGUCGUCCAACAGUAAGAAGGCUAUCGAUUGCAGCUGCCCGAACUGCAACCGGAUUGUGGCCGCCUCCAGGUUUGCGCCACAUUUGGAAAAGUGUAUGGGAAUGGGAAGAAAUUCAUCGCGAAUCGCCAGCCGGCGGAUAGCCAACACGAGAGACGGCGGCAACUACUUCGGGGCCGACGAGGACGACGAAGACGAUGCCGACUGGUCCGGCGAGAAGCGCAAGAAAAAGAUCGCCCCGGUCAGAACCAACGGUAGCAAGAAGAACGGCAAGACGUCAUGAAAAUAAUUAACAGAGGUAUGAAACAAGGUGAAUCCUUGGAAGAGACGGUUGCGGUCUUCGACGGCAUGUUCAUCCGACGUGAGCACGGGUAAGUAGUUUUGUGUACAGAGACAGACGAAGGAUUCACACUUGUUGGUUUGGGAACCCUUAAACUUUGGGGAAAUGCCGUUCAGAAUUGAGCAAUCUCAGAUUUGGUCACGCUCUUUGGGGCUGGAUUGAGUCUGACAUUCUUGCGACAAUUGUGACUUUAGUAUGUAAUUUGAAAAUUUCAACGCGACAUCGUGGUGUACAGUUUUACAAUGAAGAUUCCUACUAGGAUUUGGUCUACAUUACCAAAUCAGUCAAAUGCGAUCAAAGAUCUAUAAAAUAUUAACAGAUUGUGAACGACUUAAAUAUUAUAAUAAUACAUUAGUACUAAAUAUUGUAAUUGCGUAAAAUCUAACAGAAUAGGAUAUGAAAUUAUAAAUAUUAUUAUAAAUUA